GAGAGAAACUGGAAGAGACAGAUUAGAAACAGAGACAAGGUGAGGCCAGAGACAGAGACGCUCUAAAAAAAAAAAAAAAAAAAAAAAAAAAGGGAAGAGUGACCAGAAGAGACACAAACCAAAAACUGAAUGAGCGAGCAGGUGAGAAGGCAGACAGGUCUGAGAGGCAGCACCCAAGAGACAGCAGCUGGGUGCUCCAGCACCUCGUUACCCCCAUCCCUGGGACCCCAGAGCUGCCGGGUCAGCUGCAGAGACGCGCACACAGCCCCUUUCUUUCUCUCCGCAAGCCCUCGAUGGAGGAGGGCAGACCCCGGAGCAGCCUCAGCCUGGCCAGCGUCUCCACCGUCUCCUCGCUGCGCAGCCUGAGCACCAAGAAGCCUACCCGGGCCGUGAGCAAGGUGCACGCCUUCGGGAAGAGAGGCAAUGCACUCAGAAGGGACCCCAACCUCCCGGUGCACAUCCGAGGCUGGCUUCAUAAGCAGGACAGCUCCGGGCUGCGGCUCUGGAAACGCCGCUGGUUCGUCCUCUCCGGCCAUUGCCUCUUCUAUUACAAGGACAGCCGCGAGGAGAGCGUCCUGGGCAGCGUCCUGCUGCCAAGCUACAGCAUCAGGCCAGAUGGGCCGGGAGCCCUCCGAGGGCGGCGCUUCACCUUCACCGCUGAGCACCCAGGCAUGAGGACGUACGUCCUGGCCGCCGACACGCUGGAGGACCUGCGGGGCUGGCUGAGGGCGCUGGGCCGGGCCUCUCGCGCAGAGGGGGACGACUGUGGGCGACCCAGGUCACCUGCACGUCCCCAGGCUGGAGAGGGCCCCGGCGGCCCCGGUGGCCCCCCGGAGGUGAGCAGCCGGGAAGAGAGGCACGGUUUAGAAUCCCCAGAGGUGGCUCGGCUCUCCAGAGGUCGCGCACGACCCGGGCUGCUCACUCCCAGUCCCACAGCCGACCUCCAGUCUGGACUUCCGAUCCGGAGGACUCGGAGCCCCGACCUAUUCACACCCCUCUCUCGCCCUCCGUCCCCACUGAGCCUCCCCCGGCCCCGUUCUGCUCCUGCCCGCAGACCCCCUCCAACCUCCGGCGACAUAGCACCUCUUGCCAGACCCCAUACUCCUCUGAGUCGCAUCGAUGUCCGGCCUGCCCUGGAUUGGGGGCCCCAGCGCCAGACACUCUCUAGGCCCCCCACUCCCCGGAGAGGACCUUCCUCUGAGGCUGGGGGAGGGAGACCCCCCAGGAGUCCCCAGCACUGGAGUCAGGAGGCCAGAACACAGGCCUCCUCUGGCUCCACGUAUCUCCAGCUACCCCCGAGAGCUCCCGGGACCCGGGCGUCCAUGGUAUUAUUGCCGGGGCCCCCCCUAGACUCAACUUUUCACCAAAGCUUGGAGACAGAUACUCUGUUGACCAAGCUGUGUGGACAGGACCGGCUCCUGAGGAGGUUACAGGAGGAGAUAGACCAGAGGCAAGAGGAGAAGGAGCAGCUGGAGGCGGCCUUGGAAUUGACCCGGCAGCAGCUGAGCCAAACGACCAGGGAGGCGGCGGCUCCAGGGCGGGCCUGGGGCCGCCAGCGCCUCCUGCAGGACCGACUGGUCAGUGUGAGGGCCGCUCUCUGUCACCUGACCCAGGAGCGAGAGCGGGUUUGGGACACGUACAACAGCCUGGAACAGGAACUGGGCACCUUGCGAGAGACCCUGGAGUACCUGCUGCACCUUGGCUCCCCCCAGGACAGAGCAUCAGCUCAACAACAACUAUGGAUGGUAGAAGACACGCUGGCAGGGCUGGGGGGCCCCCAGAAGCCACCCCACAAUGCUGAACCUGACUCCCCAUCCCCCGCACUGCAAGUUGAGGAGUCCUCAGAGAGGGAGAGCCUGCCUGAGUCCUUGGAGCUGAGCUCAUCCAGGUCCCCUGAGGCUGACUGGGGGCGGCCCCCCGGGGGCGACAGAGACCUCCCCAGCCCCCGCUCAGGUCUCGGAUCUCCAGGGGCCGCCCGCGCCUCCAGCCCUGAGAGCCGCCGCCCUGCUUCCCCACAGCCAGGAACCAAGGGGCCCCUCGCCCGGCCUCGGAUGAGUGCCCAGGAGCAGAUGGAGAGAAUGCGCAGAAACCAGGAGUUUGGACGGCCUCUCCCUCGCCCUGCUUCCCCCCGGCGCCUCACCCUGGGGAGGACACUGUCCCCGGCCAGACGCCAGCCUGACACAGAACAAAGACCUUUCCAGGGACACUCAGGGGCCCCCAAAUGGCUCAGAAGCUCUGGAUCCUGGAGCAGUCCAAGGACCAUCGCCCCUUAUUUGCCAACAGCCGAAGGUCACCGGGAGAGAGUCCUCAGCCUCUCUCAAGCUCUGGCCACUGAGGCGUCGCAAUGGCACAGAAUGAUGACAGGUGGAAAUUUGGACUCCCGAGGAGACCCUCUUCCCCCGGCGCCACCGCCUCCGUCAGAACCCACUCCCCAGGUGACCUCGCCCCCGAGAUCUCCAGUGGCUAAUUCCAGUAAUUCCAGCUCUGCAGGGUGCUCCCACCGAGGUGGUGGGCGUGGCGCAGGCCCCGCCUCUUGGGAGCCCACGUGGGAAUCCGGGACCGCCCCUCCCGCCCUGACCCUAGAGGAGGGGGCGUGGCCUCUGCGGGUCACCCUGCUGCAGUCCAGCUUCUGACCUAGGCGCCGCAGCCAAUCGGAGCGUGAGGGCGUGGCCUGGAGGCACCUCCUGGAAAUCUGGAGCCACUCAGGGCGCCGUGGGGGCGUGGUCUGGCCCCCGUGGAGGCCCAGGGAGGAGUUUAUAUGGCCGAAGUUUGAUUUUUCCCAAUACUUGUCCAAAUUCGGAUUAAAACGUUGAACUUCUA